UAUGUGCCGGAGAAGGCAAUGGCACCCCACUCCAGUACUCUUUGCCUGGAAAAUCCCAUGGAUGGAGGAGCCUGGUAGGCCACGGUCCAUGGGGUCGCUAAGAGUCGGACGCGACUGAGCGACUUCACUUUCACUUCACACUAUGCGCUGAAACUCACCAUGAAUCAGACACAGCCUCUGCUGGUCAAAGAGCUUACAGUCAGGUUAGAGAUCAGAAUUUUAAUCCACUUUUUCUUACAGAGGAGAAAACUGAGGUCCAGGGAAGUUGUGCCUUGCUCAAAGUCACAAAGCUAAAUAGCACCAGAGGUGAGAACAGAAACUAGGUCUUUCCACAACUCUCAGCUCAGAACUCUUUCCAAAGGGCCACCCACCUAUUUGAGCGCCACAUCUCAAUUUCUAUUUGAGGCUCUACCUAGCUUUUGUGACUUUCCCAUAUUUGCACCCACCACUACCAUCCUCCCAAACCUGGAGCCUAGGGUUUAGGAAAGAAAACAUUGAGCCCAGAAGAGAAAGUUACAGGCUGGGCGAUUUGAACCUUCCUCUAAAAGAAAAGGUUACUCUCUACUCCUUGCUUAACUCAUCCGGUGCCGGAAAGGCUGAGACCGUUAAAAAAAAAAAAAAAAAGGAAGAGGGGUCCCACUCUGGACCGAUAGAAUGGAGUGCCCGCCUCCUGGUGCGGCAGCAUCAAUGAUAGAUGGGGAGUCACUUGUCAGAGGGCUGUGGGCGGGGGCCAGGCCCCGCGAGGGCCGCGGGACCGGAGGGUGAGCGCGGCUAAGCGCAGGCUCAGAGGAGACAGCCCGCAGGAGGUGAUGGUGAAAGACCCUGGGAGAAGGCGGCCAGUGGAGGAAAGGUAGUCACUUGGGGACGAGGCAGAACUGCAGAAGGUGGAGGAUUCUGGAGGUGACAGCAAGGACAGCACACAACUGCGAGGGGUGGCUGAAGCUUCUGUACGAACACCGGCCGGGUGGAGCUAAGAAAGGAGAGCAGCGCGCCGGCGCUGCCGGAGGGUCCCGCCCGGGCGGGGGGGUGCCAUGUCUCGCGAGCGGCACCCCCGCACCGACAUCCCCCGCAACCUGAGCUUCAUUGCCUCGCUGACAGAGCGAGCCUACUACCUCAGCCAGCGGCCCAGCCUCGAGGAGGAGCCAGAGGAGGAGCCAGGCGAGGGAGGGACGCGUCUCGGGGCCCGAUCCCGAGCUCCAGGUCCGAGUCGGGGGCGCCGGGCUCGUUCUGCGCCCGCCGGAGGCAGCGGGAUCCGGGCGCUCCGCAACCACAGCCCCGAUACCCGUAAGAGAGUGCGUUUCGCUGACGCGCUGGGGCUGGAGCUGGCAGCCGUGCGCCGCUUCCGCCCGGGAGAGCUGCCCCGGGUGCCCCGCCACGUGCAGGUCCAGCUGCAGAGGGACGCCCUCCGCCACUUCGCGCCGUGCCAGCCCCGCGCCCGAGGCCUCCAGGAGGCGCGCGCCGCCCUGGAGCCGGCCAGCGAGCCCGGCUUCGCCGCCCGCUUGCAGGCUCAGCGCAUCUGCCUGGAACGCGUCGAGGCGAGCCCGCUGGGCGUGGCCGGGAGCGCGCGCGUGCUGGACCUGGCCUACGAGAAGCGCGUGAGCGUGCGCUGGAGUGCAGACGGCUGGCGGAGCCAACGAGAGGCGCCCGCCGCCUACGCCGGCCCGGCCCCGCCCCCGCCGCGCGCCGACCGCUUCUCCUUCCGCCUGCCCGCGCCACCCAUUGGAGGCGCCCUGCUCUUCGCCCUGCGCUACCGCGUGACGGGCCGCGAGUUCUGGGACAACAACGGCGGCCGUGACUAUGCUCUGCGUGGGCCGGAGCACCCGGGCAGUGGCGGAAACCCGGAGCCCCAGGGCUGGAUCCACUUUAUCUGAGACGCAGGCGGCCGACGGCGGGAAAAAAAUCAAAGACACCGGGAGGGCUGGGAGAUCCCAAACAUUUGCCUGAGAGGAAUGGGAGAAACCGGGAUUGGCGGGGAGCUGUCCUAAGGAGUCAAGUCAGGGAGGGCGAGGAGAAUGGGAGAAACCAAAGGGGUGUGAAGAGUGUGUGGACUUAAAGCCGAGGAGACUGGGGUGGAUGUGAGUGGAUGAACCCACGUCAUAGAAAAGGGAGACGGAAGGGGUGCUGGAAUAUUAGAAAAGAAGCAAAAGGACGAUGGUGACGUUCUCUUCCGUGAGUGGGUACUGGGAGAAAGUGAGUAGGUGGGUCAGACUUAGGUAGUCAAAGGUUGAGGACACCUCUUUGGUACUCAGGAGGUAUUUUAUGUGAACUAGAAACACCACAGUUGAAAUCAUUUAGAUUGCUGGUUCACUCCCUCUUACUGGUCUUUGCCACCCCAGGUCCCACAGCCCUGCUGUCCUAGCUUUAACUCAGCUAUAAUUACCUUGCUUAAGUCCCAGGAAUUUGGCCAUUGCUUCCCAGCCCCCGGCAUUAUGACAGGAUUCCCUUGUCACCCCUGCAGUCCCUGGUUUCAGUCUUUGCUGACUGGCUGGGGAGUGAAUGGCAGGUAACAGUCAGAACUCCUUCCUCCAGGCAGCCCUGGGGAUGAAAAUGAAAGCAAAACCAACUCCAGGCCUUGUAGCUAAAUAAUGUGGUGCCUAAGGGGCGAGUGCAAUCAGGAGCUUCCAGAAAAAUGCCGGCCUUACCUUUCUGGGUGCCUUCUAAUGACCUCUAAGCACUUUACGGACUGUUUUUGUCAAGGGACAACACGGGGUUCUUUCUGCCUCAGAAGAAAAGGGAAUCACUGACUAGCUGGAUAACUUUGGGCAAGUUAUUUCACCUCUCUGGGCCCCAGUUUCCUCCUUGAGAAGCUGCAUUUGGAUUAGUUGAUCUCUUAGGCCCCUUCUUGUUCUGACAUUGUAUGAUCUGUGAGGGGAAGAGUGAGGAUUAGAAGCCACAUUCUCCAGCCUGCAGUUGGAGUGCUUACAGUUCAGGACACACAGUACCCCAAGCAUCUGGUUGGGCCUGAGAAUGGUCCUCCAGUUUUUGACACAUGUUCAGAGCCCAGGAAACAUCCCAUAGCCAGCCUACAGUCUCAGGGUAUUCCAGGGCCUCUUUCACCCCUUUGCUUUUUGCUCUUGCCCCACAGACUUCCAGCCUGGGUGCUAUGAGACAGCUUGUGGGAGGUGCCUCUCUCGGGAAAAUGAUGCUUGGGAGCCCCUAAGAUGAAACAGUGUUGGGGACUUUCUUGAGGUUAAAGGAUUAUUGGUAUAAGAAAUGGAAAACAUUUCAAAUAAAGAAGCAGAGCAGCUUGAAAAUUAAA